AUGGCGAACAGUGAAAUGCUGUUCGACAAUAUGCAAGUUGUCAUUGAGUAUUUGGAGUCGAAUUUCAGACUCCAACUCGCCAGUCGCCUUCCUCCAAUUCGUGCUGCUGAAAAGUCAACACCAUUGAUAAUCAAAAGACUGGUUUUAGGACAAAGCAUGAUUACUGUAGAUAGCAUUUCGUACAAAUUGAAGCAACUGAAGGAGUACGAUGAGGAAGUUCCAUUAUUGAUCAAAAAAGAACACGAGCUGGAACACGACGUCGAUCAGUAUGGGUUUCCCAUAUCCCCUUACGAUAUUUUACUAGAUGGCGAUUUGAAAAUUUAUGGUACCAUUAAACCAAAACCAUUCGUAGAGGAUGAGAAGUGGGUAAAAGAGAUGGUGGAGACUGCUCCGAUAGAAGAAGUGGAUCAAAUCGAAUGCGAAUGGGAGAAAAAGGAAUUCCUUCGGACAAUGGAAUUUCUGAAAUCGAAGCUUUUGCAAUAUGAAUAUAAAAGAAAUAAUCGGAAAAUCGUCACUGAUUCGUUCCUUGAACUCUCUACCUCCAGAUGCCAAGCUCGAAUCUUAAAAGAGGAUCGACAGAAGCCCUAUAAUGGGACCACCGAACAAUUCUCAAAUAUUCCUACCAUCUAUGAAGGGAUGAAGAAGCUCCUCGAGAGACUUUUUGGAAACCGAAAAGUGGCUUGGAAAGUGGACCUUUUGGAAUUGAAGACAUCCGUUUUACGUUGGAUCAAGUCUGGUUCCCUCCCAAUCGUUAGCAAUUUAUCCAUGCAACAUAUCGAUAAGGUCAACAUGGAUGUGAUCAACUCAGUGGUCCAUAAAUCAAGCUUCCCACUCAAAACCUUUGAAUUCACCGUGAAAGAUGAUUACGCUGGAAAUUUCAAUCAUUCAAUUAUAACAACUUCUGAAUUACUGAAAAUCGCCAAUCCUUUUCACUGCCCAACCCAACAUCACAAGCUAAGAAACUCGAGAGUUAAUCUACCAAAGAUGAACAUUGAGUUUUUCGAUUUCGAACGAUGGAUAGUUCAUUGGCUACGCAAUCGUCGUCCCAUCGGAACCAUUUAUAUUUAUAAGAAGGUGAAGGGCUUGAUUGAAGAGACUGAGAAAUCCGUCACUUUGAAAAUCAACGAAACGUCCGCUCUUCACGUCUACUUUAAACCUAAAACUGACGGCAAUUGGGGACCCGGAACGGCCGAGAUAUCUGUGAUCCCUCGUGAGAACGUUGAUUGA